AAAUGAUGCUAAGAGUGGAGGGCACACGGACUGUGCUUGAGCUCGUGAAAGUGAAUGUUUCACGCAUUACAGCAACACUGCACGCAAAUUGGACACAUGGCAAUGGAGUAAUGAUGUUUGGAGCGGAUGUUUGAUAACCUUAUGGAUUUAAAACAGUAACUGCUCUCGCCAUUCAUUGUAUUAGGGCAAAGGAAAUCUGUAUAAUUAAUCAAGCGUUGCCGAGAAAAUGUGGAGACUUACGAAUAUGUUAACUUGCCUUCUGGUCUUGUGUAAGGAUAUCAAUGCGCAGAGCAAGAUCUUCGGGGAGACGGAGCCGGUGAGGAUGACGUCGGAGGGCUCCGACUGCCGCUGCAAGUGCGUGAUGCGGCCGCUCAGCCGGGACGCGUGCGCCCACCUGCGCAGCGGCAGCGCCCGCCCGGAGGACUUCUACACGGUGGAGACGGUCAGCUCCGGCUCCGACUGCAAGUGCUCGUGCACGGCCCCGCCCUCCUCCCUCAACCCCUGCGAGAACGAGUGGAAGAUGGAGAGGCUGAAGAAGCAGGCCCCCGAGCUGCUGAAGUUGCAAUCAAUGGUGGACCUACUGGAGGGAACCCUGUUCAGUUUGGAUAUGAUGAAGGUCCACUCCUACAUCAACAAGGUCGUCUCCCAGAUGAACACCCUGGAGGAGACUAUCAAGACCAACCUCACGCGGGAUAAUGAGUUUGUGAGGGACAGCAUGACCACUCUGACCAAUCAGUUCAAGAGAUACGAGAACUACUCCAACGUCAUGCUGACCAUAAAGAAAGAGAUAUCCAGCCUUAGCGCGCAGCUGCUUCAGAAAGGCACCAUGGAAAACAAAGCUCAGGACACCAAUGAUGAGAAAACCAAGGAUGCCGUGAAAUCUCCCAACAAAAAAACCCCCGCGUCCAAACCCCCUCCCAAGACGCCCAAGGAGAAGGUCGUCAAGCCCAAGAAAGAGAACUUCAAACCGGGGAAGGCCGUCAAGCCCGACCCCACAGCCAAGGCCAAGGUGGCCGGGCACCAGCCCGGGGUGGUGAGGGGCAUCACGUACUACAAAGCUGCCAAGGUGGACGGGGACGGCCAUGGCACAGGCGGUAAAGACCACAGUGCCAAAGCACACACUCAGCAUGUUAUAGAGAGCCACUCGGAGGACGGGGACUCGGAGAUCGUGCUGGAGAAUGCCGAAGCCGCAGCGGGUGAGACCACAACCGUGGCGGCUGCCAGCGCCACCACCACCAUAACAACAACAACAGCAGCAACAACAACCACCAUAGCCCCGCCCACUACCACGGCCCCCACCAGCAGCAGUGGCACCUUCAGAGCAGACAGACCAGCCCCCACCAUCGUGCUCAUGCUGGACAACUCGGACAACAACAGCAGGCCUCUGCUACACCGGGCAGGGAAGAUCCUGGACUGCGAGGGGACCCUGGCAUCUAUCUCCCCCCCGGAGAAGCAGCACAGCUAUGGGAGGAACGAGGGGGCCUGGAUGAAGGACCCCCUCGCUAAGGACUCCAAGAUCUACGUCACCAACUACUACUACGGCAACAACCUGGUGGAGUUCCGAAACCUGGAUAACUUCAAACAGGGUCGCUGGAGCAACCUCUUCAAGCUGCCCUACAACUGGAUCGGCACGGGCCACGUGGUGUACAACGGCGCCUUCUACUACAACCGGGCGUUCACCAAGAACAUCAUCAAGUACGACCUGCGGAUGCGCUACGUGGCCGCCUGGACCCUCCUCCACGACGUGGUGUACGAGGACACCACCCCCUGGAAGUGGAGGGGCCACUCGGACAUCGACUUCGCCGUGGACGAGAGCGGCCUGUGGGUGAUCUACCCGGCCACGGACUACGACUACUCCCAGCAGGAGGUGAUCGUCAUCGCCAAGCUGGACCCCGGGGACCUGUCGGUGAAGAAGGAGACCACCUGGAGGACGGGGCUGAAGAGGAACUCGUACGGGAACUGCUUCAUCAUCUGCGGCGUGCUGUACGCCGUGGACGUGUACAACCAGAAGGAGGGCGAGGUCAACUACGCCUACGACACUCACACCAACACCGAGGCCGUCCCACGCCUGCCCUUCACCAACGAGUACGCCUUCACCACCCAGAUCGACUACAACCCCAAGGAGAAGGUCCUGUACGCCUGGGACAACGGCCACCAGCUCACCUACAACAUAGACUUCGUUGACCAAUGAGCACAGACAUUUGCGUUCAGGAUUUGCCAAUAGGACAUCGGUGCGGCCGGGUAGCUAUGACAACUGAUACAAUGCUCAAUAAUUGACAGUCCAGCAGCAGGCCAUUUUGGAUUGAACUCGAAGAAUAUUACUCCAGCAACUUUUGAUGCAUGUUA